AGUCGGACACCUUUUGUUUUAACUUCAAAGCAGUGCGACUCAACAGUGAGUGCAACUUUCAAAUGAAAUAUGCACAAUAUAUCGAUUUUCAAAGAUUAUCAACUUAUGUGAAUUAAAAGAAAUAAGACAUCGAUGAGGUAACUCUGUACCGAAGAUUUACCAUGCAGCUUUUCGAAUUUUGAAUUCACGAAUCAAGUCUAGGAUACAAUUUUCGAUUCAAAGUUGCCCGGAGCAAUUGGUAGGUUGUAUACAAACAAUUCGUAGUCAUCGUGUUGAUGACGCAACAACUGCAAAAAUGGCGACAUUGAAGCACGACAUUGAACUACCUAGUAAAAUCCCAGAAUUAUUACUGGAGAAACAUGUCAAGUAUCUCAUCUCUUACGAAACUGAUAAAGACGAAUAUACCUACUGUAUGACGGAGCACAUGAGAAUGUCUGGCAUGUAUUGGGGCCUUACUGCGCUAGAUUUAAUGGGAAAGUUAGAACAAGCCGAUAAGCAACGAGUAUUAGAAUUUAUCGGCCAGUGUCAAAGUGACUGCGGUGGUAUCAGUGCCAGUGUGGAACACGAUCCGCAUUUACUUUAUACGCUCAGUGCUAUUCAGAUAUUGUGCAUUUACGAUGCACUGGAUGUAAUAGACGUUGAGAAAGUUGUGAAAUAUGUGAAAGAGAGGCAACAGCCGGAUGGAAGUUUCACCGGCGAUUAUUGGGGAGAGGUGGAUGUCAGAUUUUCAUUCUGCGCCGUUGCUACUUUGUCACUUCUGAAUCGCUUGGACGCGAUAGACGUCGAGAAGGCGGUGGAAUUCAUAUUAAAGUGUAUGAAUUUUGACGGAGCGUUUGGUUCGAAACCCGGAUCUGAGAGUCACGCAGGUUUAAUAUAUUGUUGCGUGGGACUGCUCUCGAUAACAGGACACCUGCAUCUGAUAGAUGCUGAUCGUUUAGGAUGGUGGUUAUGCGAGAGGCAACUGCCGUCCGGCGGUUUAAACGGCAGACCGGAAAAAUUGCCAGACGUGUGUUAUUCCUGGUGGGUUCUAUCGGCUUUGACGAUUUUGGGUCGCCUCCAUUGGAUAGAUAAGAAACGCCUAGUGAAUUACAUCUUGACUUGUCAAGACGUCGAAUCCGGCGGUUUCAGCGAUCGACCCGGAGACGUGGCCGAUCCUUUUCAUACCUUGUUCGGCCUCACCGCGUUGUCGUUGUUAGACAAGGACUACUCGUUGAAACCGAUCAAUCCCACUUAUUGUAUGCCCGAGUAUGUAAUCGAGCGUUUAGGUCUCAGGCCGUCGAGGCUCGACGCGUGAUUAUACACAUUACGUGUAGUGCAGGUUGUACAUUAUUUCUUACCUACGUUAAAUAUACGAUUGUAGAUUUU